GGUACGUAAGAACAAAUUUUAAGCUGUGUCUAUGUCCAGAUUGCCAAAUCUUUCUGAAUCCCUCUGAGAUGAUCCAGAGGAUUCCGAUUCGAUUCGGAGACAUUAAAGGGUCCUGUGAUUCAAUUCAGACUCAGAGAUUCAGCCACUCAAUUGGGCCGAAUCUCCGCUGAAUCGAAUCGGGAACUGAAGCUUCGCAGAGCCCUAUUAAGUAGUCUGUCUGCUUCACCAGUUGCCAGACAACUGAUGUUCUCAGUAUGUUGAAAGCAAAGAAGAAAUUCCCAGCGAUGACACAGAAGUGGUUUCAGGUAGUAACACCCAAACUUUGCUGUCCUUUUUUUCCCAAGAUGCCUAAAACACUGCAGCCGUAUAGUCUUUAGCAGGCCCUGUCCUAGGCAGAGGGAGGACAGCGGGAAGCCUGGCCCGGAGACCACGCUGCCCACGAAGGUGCCCACCUUUCACCUUGGCCUCAGCCCUGCUGGGCAGGCUCCGGCAGCCGCCCCUUGGCACUUUUACAUGUGCUCCGGGGGUGGGGGUGACGCGUGUGUGUCAGCAUCCCCGUGCAUAAAAAUGGUGAUGGCAGCACUUGAACUAAAUCUCAUUCAACGAACUUUAGUUCAAGAGCUCCCGCCACCAUUUUGAAGCAUCGGGACACAGAUUCAUGGCUAAAUUGAGUAGCUAUUUUUGACCUUGCAUGAGAGACUUUAUGAAUGCACCAUGGAAACAUUUAAUGUGUCUUUUUAUUAAUGCUUUUGGAUACAGUCAUGUUUAUAAUCAUUUAUGGGGAGCCUCUAAAUGUAUGCUUGUCCAGGGCCCCGAUAAAUCUUAAUCCACCUCUGCCUUGCUUUCUCUUCCCGGUUUUGAGCACAGAAAGAGAAAUCAUCCUGGGAACCCUGCCCGCCGUGGCAGGUCUCGCUGCAAUAAUCGUUUACUGCUGUAUGAAGAGGAGGAAAGGUUGGGCGGUCCCCUACUCUGUCUCUGAGGUGCAGAUACCAGAACAGUGCCUGCUGGGCCAGGAGGUGACCCUGUGCUGCUCCAUGGAGGGGACAUUCCCCAAACAUGUGGCUGUGACAUGGGAAAGGAUCCGCAGCAAGUACAGGACGGUGCCUGAGAGCGCUGGGGACCAAGAGAUCCCCGAGCACCAGCCGAUAUUACCCGCCCUCCCCCAGAGCUGGAGAGAGACAGAGGAGAGAGCUGGGACCUGCCUCCCGUCCUCCCUGACCUUCACCCCCACGCUGCAGGACGAUGGGGCGGGGGUCCAGUGCACCUUCCUCCAUGGUGUAAAAAGGAUCAGAGAGGAGCGGGUGUCCCCAGAGAUCCGGGUGUGGGGUGAGUGCCCAGAGACCCUGCUACCACCUCCACGUGUGGUCAGAGCCUGCUGCUGUCAGGGGGGAUGGAGAUGCAGAUGGACCAGCUUUUCGGCCCGGCCGCAGGUGUCUGAGAUCCAGGUGUUGCCGGAGUGGGACCCCCGCGACUAGGUCAUGUUGAGGCUGACAGAGCCCGAAGGAGGUGAGGAGGUGGCUGAGAACAGAGACAGCAUUGUCAGCGUGAAGAAAUCCUUCUCAUUCUCUGUUCCUGGGUCUGAGAUCUCCCACCCUCCUUAAUGUUUCCAACCAGGGAACCUGGGGAACCGGUUUGGUGAUGCUGGUCACUCCACCAGGGGUGAUGACCACUUUUAAAAGGAUUGGUUGCCAUCAGCAGGGUUCAAAUAAUACCUGGUUCUGGGUGGAUCCAGAUGUUGAGACCAAAACAUUACUUAAGGUUAGCAGGUGCCUGAGGCUGUUGUCUGUAUGAAUUAGUCAGUAUGCUUGAAGAUUAGCUAUAAAGGUAGAGAUAAGUAAAUAUGAUGCAUAUCAAACGGGCCACUGAACUCUAA